AUGGAUACGGUUGAGGAAGUUGAGAUUCCAAUUCCAUCUUCAUCAUCAUCAUCAUCAAUGGCGAAGAGACCUUGUCCAUCUCAAAACCCUAGAAUGGAGGUCGAAAAUCUCCUCGACGAGUUUCUCUCUCUUUCCGAUCGUCCUUCUCUCUCCCUCGAUCUCUCCCUAGAGAAUCUUCUCCAAUCAAUGCCCCCUGACUCCGAUCUCAUCGAUCGCGCUCUCAGAAUGGGUUCUCUACUCCUCGAUGCCGCUAAACACUCCUCUCGCAAACGCUCUUCCAAUCAUAAUUCGAUUGUUUGGCCUUUCCCUCCCGAUCUCACCUUCAAGAUCUUCUCGAUGCUUGAUACUCAGAGCCUGUGCUAUGUAUCUGCUGCUUGUUCGUUUUUUAGCAAAUGUGCUAAAGAUCCUUUGUGCUAUCAGAAUAUUGAUUUGACGACACUUGUUCCUAAGGUUAACAAUGCAGUUGUUGCUACUAUGAUUCAGCGAGCUGGAAAGGCACUAAGGUCUCUUAAACUUGGUGUUGUCCCGGCUACUGUUUGUUCUUCUGGAUUUUGUCAACCAUUGGUUUCUCCCGUCAGAAAAGCUAUUGUAGAGGCGCCUAAUUUUUCAUGGAAUGAUAAGAGGUCUCGUCAAGGGAAAGAAUCAUCCAUUCUUACAAGAUGCUGUUUAAACCCUUUAAGCGCAGAGGGUGGCGCACCGGGGGCUCUUUUGAGAAAGUUACACCUGUACAACAUUGAGAGAAUGGACAACACAUCCCUUUGUUGUGCAUUGUCAGCAUGCCCUUCUCUCCUUGAUCUGGAAAUUGUUGGAAUCCAUGUUGAACUGAGGCAAACUCUAAUGUCAGUAAGUGCAAACUGCCACUUGAUUGAGCGUUUGUUUUUCGAGUCUUCCAGAACAGGUAGAGAUGACAGCUUGAAAAUGCAAACCUGUUCUGAGCUAGUAAACAAUUGUCCUCAUCUAACCUCUUUAUCUCUUCGAGGGUUUAAGCUACACGAUUGCAAAGUUCGCAUUCUUGUUAAGUUUGUUGAGGCAUUUAGGUGGGAAAGGGAGAAGAGUUGUAAAUGGACUAAAUACUCAAGUGAAGCAAAUUAUUCAUGCACUCGUUGGGAUGCAAAUUCAAUUUGUCUGAAUAAUAAUUUUGCAAUGGGAUUUCGGAAACUGAAAUAUGUUGAUUUUUCAGCAUCAUAUUCAAUCACUGGAAAUUUCUUAAGAAACCUUGGAAGCUCCAACGGUGGGAAUUUGCUCGAGGUCUUAAUUUUAAGGGAUUGCAUGCAUCUCAAAGAGAUGGAAGUUGCUAGGAUGUUGACAGCAAUUCUUGAAGGAGAUUUCAAAUUGCUUAUACAUCUUGACAUAUCCAAUAGGGAAGGCUUAGCAUGUGAGGCUGACUGGUAUCACAGGUGCUACAACUCUAGCAUUAUGCCUAUUAAGCAGGUUUUGGAAGCAAGACCUGAUAUGCGUGUGGUGGCUGAAUAUCCAUCUGAAGGAAGCUAUGUCGAGACAUUUGAUACUGAUAUGAAUAGUGAUAUAAGUCUGUUAUCACAACUUAGUAGCCCCUUAUCAGAUGGAUCAAUUUUUAUGAGUACAUCUGAAGGCAGCUACAACAGCGAUCAUGGUAGUGGAAAUGAGGAAGGACAAGAUGCAGUGAUUUAUGGGGAAAGUUCAGACGAAGACAAUAAUCUGAGCCUGUAA